AUGAACUCAACACUAUCCACUUGCUUUACGGUAAUUCUUUCGAUCCUUUUGAUGCUUUUGAACAAGAAUAAAGCUUGGAAAAUGCGUUUGGCAAGUAUACUUCAGCGUUCUGUAUCGAAGAUGACCAAACAUGUACCAAUAUCCACAAAUUUCCGUUUGGAACAGUCCAAACAUUUUACCGAAGCUGUGGGAUUGUUGGAAUUGUACGAUUCGCUCAUAUACCUGCAAGAAUACCGGGCCAGAGCACUCAAAUACAAUGCAACGCUGUACCAUAUGUCCAAAAGUGUUGAUCCCGGCCAAAUCGAGCAAUUGAGGGCUCUACAGUAUUUUGAGAAACUAGAACAAAUAAAUGAUGCUGUUGGUGACAAUAGUACGACUACGCAGCUAAUUGUGGAAAACUCGCUUAUCAAGCUGCUGCGAAACAAUCGUCUCGAUAGUGAAAACGGCAAAGAGCUGCUUUCUGUCUUCAAGGGCCUGGGAUUUGAAGUGGACGGUGAUUCGGCUUUGAAACGGAUCCCGGUCCACAAACUUACGCUUUCUCCAAGUUCAAGACAAUCGCGCGUAAAUGAAGCCAUCUCCCAUAUGUGUAGAGAUUGGCACUCCAGCUUUAAAGCUGAACGUGAACCACUUACUCAUUUCAUCAUUUCAAAAGUCAAGGGUCUCAAGCUAAAAGGAAAGACGCUUUUGGUCGUGCCUGGAUCUGGGGCUGGAGGCCUAGCUUACGAAAUCGCAUGUGCCUUUCCCGAAUUCGACGUUCACUCAGUCGAGCUCUCCACCCUAAUGUACCUCUGCAACGAAUUUGCACUAGACUACAACGAGACAAUCAACAUCAAACCGUUCGCACAACAUUUUUCAGGGCAGCUGUCCGUACAGCAGCAAACAGCUGGGUUUGACAUAAAUUUGGCCCAAAUACGCAGGCCCGCGAACCUUGAAGUUCAUCUAGGCAAUUUCUGCAACUUCCAACCUGGUGCUACUUACGACAACAUAGUGGUUCUGUCUGCAUUCUUCAUUGACACAGCGGAGAACAUAUUUGAUUACUUCGAUGCUGUAGAGGGUCUCAAGACUUGUUGCUCGAAGUUGCACUGGAUAAACAUAGGUCCUUUAAAGUAUGGGACCAGGCCAAAAGUACAGUUUACAGACGAAGAAUUGACACAUCUGCGCAAAAUUAGAAAGUGGAAGGAUCUCUUUCAUGAUGCUGAUACCGAAAAGCUGUCUGGCUACCUCACGAACAAAAAAUCGCUUUACCAGGGAUUCUAUGGAUUAGUUAGAUUUCACUCGGAAUACACAGGAGAAUGA